UGUUUAUCUCUACAAACAAGUUGCCAAAUGGUGGCUCGUUCUUGUUGCUUAUUUGACAAGCCUUGCGGGGUAGUAAGUCAUACUUAAAGCAUCACAUUUCUUAUCAUCAGCCUGCUACCUUACGUACUUCAAUAAACCUCUCUCUACCCCCACCUCGUCUUUCUACUUUCCUUUCCGCCACGUCUCCUCAAGCAUUUCCUGCUACCAACACAAAAUGGAGACACUUUGCGACCACUGCAAAGACGUGAACGUCGAGAAACUUCGAAACAUCUCACACGAGCACCAUCGCGACCUAUCAGAGCUAAAGCUAUGUGCAGAAUCAACGUCCUGUGGCAUGUGCAAGCUUUUCUGGACAUGCCUCCAACGCUCUUGCAACAGAUCCGAGAUUCAGAAAUACCUUGAUGGCCGUCCUGAAGACCCCGAAGGUUCCCGAGACACUACAAUUUUUCUCCAGGGCUUCUUCUCAGAUUUGCAUUCUACCACAAACUCAAGGGCUAUGCGACAGGGAAAAGAGAGCCAUGUUGUAGUAUCUUCUGGUGAACCAACAGAAGGAUCUCGCGUUUAUGGUGAUGUUUCUGUUUUCGCGAAACCUGAUCACUCCGUAGCAGCCCGAUACCUACGUGGACGAUAUAUCACCAAGAGGCAGAAUCCAGAGCUACGCGUGCCCUUGCUUCAGAGUUGGCUGGACACCUGUAGGAGGAGUCAUCCCGGCUGCGGUGGUACCAAUCCGAUGGUUAUGCCCACCCGUCUAAUAGAUCUAGGCGAAAACCCUUCAGGCAAUCAAAAGCCAAGAUUGUUCCUUGCGGAUGGCAAACCUGGCCGCUACGUUGCACUGUCCUACUCUUGGGGGAAUGGCGCCCGUCAUAAAGUGAUGCUCACAAAUGAUACUUUGAAGGCAUACCAAAAAGAUAUUCCUGAAAAUGACGACAUGAGUCUUACACACCGAGAGGCUCUCCAAAUCGCUCGCGAGUUCAAAUACCAAUACAUCUGGAUUGAUGCAUUGUGCAUUAUCCAAAAUAAUAAAGAAGAUUGGGCCGAAGAGUCGAGGAAAGUCGCACAGGUGUACUCCAACGCUGAGCUCACCAUUGUUACUGGAAUAAGCGACCACAGCCAAAAGGGGUUCCUAAAUCUUGUUUCGGAGCCUGAUAUUCCUUCUGUUCCAAUGCCCUACAGCCACCCCAUGGUUGAAACCGAAGAAACACCCUACUGUCACGUUGGAUUAUCAAGACUUCCUGAUAUUGGACCGGUAAACGAUCGCGCUUGGUGCUUUCAAGAGUCUGUUCUAAGCAGACGCAUGAUGAUAUUUGGGAAGGAGCAGCUGAGCUUCAAAUGCCGAGAACACAGCCAAUUCGAAAACGGAGCGUAUUACCAUUAUAAAUGGGGAGAAGGAGGUCGUUAUGACCUUUUUACUAAUGUUUCGGCCACAGAAAGGUUUGGCCUAAGCGACAUUCUCGACCGAUGGUAUGAGCUUGCUGGCCAGUACUCACUUCGGGAUGUAUAUGAUCCCUUGGACAACUUUGCAACGGUCUCUGGUAUUGCGCAAAGAUUCCACGGAGCGUUGAACUGCAGAUACCUUGCCGGUUUGUGGGAAAGAGACAUGGUGCGAGGGUUACUCUGGAGAAGUGCCCGGCUUCUUGGUUUUCAGGACCCUAACAGAUCUCUGCGGAGGCCUAUCGGAGUCAAAGGUUCAGACAAAGGGAAUCCAAUUACCAGAGCGCCUUCAUGGUCUUGGCUUGCGCUCAUCGGCUCAACCAGCCAAGCCCCAAAAAAGGUCAACAACAACACACGCGAGGAAAAUCGAUCACUUCGAUGCAGGCCUGCAAACAGAGACAACGGAGUCUGGAGUCUUGACGAGUGGGGUCCUAAGUUUAUUGAGAAACCUACCCAAAUUUGCCGACUAGAAAUCUACGGGUACAUCAGACAGGUCUGUCGCUCGAAGAAAACGGUGGCAGCUCUUCCAAAAAAGCCUAAAUGGCAAUACUCUCGCGCAAGGCUAAACCAGCAUGCAAUACUUUUAAACGACGCCGAACAAGGAAGCGACGCCUCUGCACAUGUUGCCACUGGACUUUUCGAUCUGGAAACUGAGAACGCACUCUCACUAUGGUGUCUCUGCAUAUCUGAGGAAGAAGGUCUGUUGGUGGAGAAAUGCUCAGAUUCACACUACCGGCGUCUCGGUGUUUUCAUGGUAGAAGAUGAAAAUUGGUUUUUGCAAGGAGAAAGGACUACGGUUACGCUCAUUUAGAAUUGCGACUUCUCAGUCUAGUUCUGCUCGUAAGCGGCAAUGGUCAUUUUCAGCAUUCACAGCACGCGACUGGAUCCGAUAAUGAGUGCGACUAUUCUUUCAACAAAAGUAAUAACCAUGACAUCGCCGAACUUAUCGAUAACAGCCACAACAGUGGCAGCGUUGAAAGCGGUAGUCAUAGAGACUACGACGAUUCUGGCGAUGAGGAGGUUGAAGAAGACCAUGAGCCCAAUGAUGCUACUAGCGAUGAAGAGGACGAAGACUACAAAGUUCUAUACUAUCUCGACGAAGAGAGGUCUGGCAACCAUGACGUGGUCAAGGGGAGCCAAUGAAAGUCAAAGCGACUAAGGCUGUACUAAUAAUGUUGUCCAAUGUUUCACGACCUGCGGCAUAUUAUCUGGUCGUAUAUAUAUUUGCGG